AUGGCACCUGGUGUUAAAGAUGAGCACGCUCGAAGGGCCUCGGAUGAUGGCGAUAUUUCUAUGUCAGAACCAUCUCCCAAGCGGCUUAAGUCAGUCGCCGCGACCACCCCAGACACCUCUAUGCCUACUGGCGAGGAAGAAGCCGCUCCAGCAAAGACAGUCAUCCAGUUUAAAGAAAAGCCUGCCGUUAUUGAGGAAAGGACUGGUGUAAUUGAAUUCCGUGUCGUUGCCAAUGACAAUGAGAAAGACUCAAUGAUCAUCUUGACGGGGCUCAAGUGCAUCUUCCAGAAGCAGCUCCCAAAGAUGCCUCGGGAUUAUAUUGCUAGAUUAGUCUACGAUCGAACUCACUUGAGCAUAGCUAUUGUCAAGAAGCCUUUGGAGGUAGUUGGUGGGAUCACCUAUCGCCCUUUCAAGGGUCGUAGAUUCGCCGAGAUUGUCUUCUGUGCUAUUAGCUCAGAUCAACAAGUCAAGGGAUACGGUGCUCACCUAAUGUCUCACUUAAAGGAUUAUGUCAAAGCUACUUCCGAUGUCAUGUAUUUCCUUACCUACGCCGACAAUUAUGCUAUUGGCUACUUCAAGAAACAAGGGUUCACCAAGGAGAUUACUCUCGACAAAUCAAUCUGGAUGGGAUACAUCAAGGACUAUGAAGGCGGUACUCUCAUGCAAUGCUCCAUGCUUCCCCGCAUCAAAUAUCUCGAAGCUGGCAAGAUGCUUGCGAAGCAAAAGGAGUGUGUUCACGCAAAAAUUCGUGCCAUCUCUCGUAGCCAUAUUGUCCACGCCCCGCCUAAGCAAUGGAAGAAUGGCAUUUGCAAAAUCGACCCACUCUCAAUACCGGCCAUAAAAGACUCCGGUUGGUCUCCGGAGAUGGACGAAAUGGCUCGUCAACCCAAACACGCCCCACAUUUCGCGCAGCUCCAACAUAUCCUCAACGAGAUGCAAAACCACCCCUCCGCCUGGCCAUUCCAACGACCAGUCAGCCGCGAAGAUGUUGCAGACUACUAUGAGGUUAUCAAAGAACCGAUGGACCUCGAAACCAUGGAGAAUCGCUUGGAGGCUGACCACUAUAGUCAACCUGAAGAAUUUGUCCGCGAUGCCAAACUGAUCUUUAACAACUGUCGUUCUUACAACAAUGAAACGACAACAUACUUCAAGAAUGCUAAUAAGCUUGAGAAGUUUUUGUUUUCUAAAUUAAAGGAGAUCCCGGAGUGGAGUGUAAGCUUCCCCCUCCCCCCAUAA